UCGCCGUCGCGGGCUGCUGACGUGAGCGGGCCAAGAGGGGGCCGCGGGUGCGGGUCGCCAUGGCGGUGGACAUCACGCUGCUGUUUCGGGCCAGCGUCAAGACCGUGAAGACGCGGAACAAGGCGCUGGGAGUGGCAGUGGGCGGCGGGGCUGAUGGCAGCCGCGACGAGCUGUUCCGCCGGAGCCCCCGAGUCAAGGGCGACUUCGCCAGCCGGGCCCGCGAAGUGAUUUCUCACAUUGGCAAGCUGAGGGAUUUUCUUCUGGAACACAGGAAAGAUUAUAUUAAUGCUUAUAGCCAUAUCAUGUCUGAGUAUGGGCGGAUGACAGACAUGGAACGAGAUCAGAUCGAUCAGGAUGCUCAGAUAUUCAUGAGGACCUGCUCAGAAGCAAUUCAGCAACUAAGAAUAGAAGCCCACAAGGAAAUCCAUUCCCAGCAAGUGAAGGAACACAGGAGUGCUGUUCUGGAUUUCAUUGAAGAUUACUUAAAAAGAGUGUGUAAACUUUACUCAGAGCAAAGAGCCAUCCGUGUUAAACGAGUGGUGGAUAAGAAAAGAUUAUCCAAGCUGGAACCUGAACCAAAUACAGAGACCAAAGAACUGACAUCUUCUGAGAAAGCGUCGGAGAAUCCUUCAAAAGAAGACUCUGAAGAAAAGCUUGUCACUGAAGAAUAUCCAGAAAAGAUAUCGGCCAAAGUACAACCUGAAUUGGGAACUUGGGGAGAUGGCAAAGGUGAAGAUGAAUUAUCCCCAGAAGAAAUACAAAUGUUUGAACAAGAAAACCAGCGACUUAUUGGCGAAAUGAACAGCCUGUUUGAUGAAGUGAGGCAAAUUGAAGGGAAAGUGGUUGAAAUUUCCAGACUCCAAGAGAUUUUCACGGAAAAGGUUUUGCAACAGGAAGCCGAGAUUGACAACAUUCACCAGUUAGUUGUAGGGGCCACUGAAAACAUAAAGGAGGGCAAUGAAGACAUCAGAGAGGCCAUUAAGAACAACGCUGGGUUCCGCGUGUGGAUCCUCUUCUUCCUCGUCAUGUGUUCCUUCUCCCUGCUUUUCCUCGACUGGUACGACAGUUAGUUGGGGACGGAGCGUGUCCAGUGGCCUUCGGGCGGUGGACGUACCGGAUAGGACUCUCCACCCAGCCGCUUGUGGCCAGCAGUGCGUGGCCGUGUGUCUCCUGGCGCCAGGCACGGUUGUGACCCAGAUGAUAACCCAGAGAUGGGGGUGGGGCGGGGCGGGGCACAUGUGUGGGGGACAUGUGUAGACAAAAGGAACACUCACAUCAGUGGUUCUAAGCCCACUGGGCCGAAAAAGAAAACAAUGAGUGUAAAUUGAGAGUCUGUCUGGCAGUCGAAAGACAAGGUCUUGGAUUUAACGGGGGAGAGAAUGGCAUAAACUGCCCCAAAACUCAAGCCCGCCAUCAAAGGAGGGUUGCCUGGCAGGCCUCACGCUCCGCAUACCCUCUCAAGGCUCAAAGGACACCCCAACAUUUCCCAUUCUGGUGGCUUCAGGGGGAGCACUGGUUAAUACCUUCUCACAACAAAAUGCUUACUCUCUUAUCUCCUCUUGGCUUCUCUGCCUGAGUCACCAGAAAGAAGAAUCGCUUUUGCCUUAUGACUCUAAUAAACAUGAUCGCAGCAACUUCACGUGUGGUUAAUGAGUCCAAGGUUAGAAAGGGCAGAAGGGCAGGACACUGGGCAGCCCUGGUGACUGGAGGCAGGGGUCGUGUGAGGCCCCCAUUCCCGCCCCUGGGGCCCCAGGAGCUUUUCUUCCAGGAAGCAGCGCGGCAGGAGAAAGACUGGGCCCUCCAGGAAGUGCAAACCAGAAGGCCUUUUGGUAACAGAGCGGGCAACAUCUGGAGCCCUAUCUGUGCAGAAAGCAUCCUGGUGGCCACAUGGCCACAGCCCCAUGUAGGUGUGAGAAGGUUCUGCCUGUUCUUCGCGAAAUGCACAUGCUGUGCAGACACGCCUGUCAGGCGGCCAUGGAUAUCCUAGCGUUCUUUAUUUGCACAGAGUGAAAAUGUCAGAAAUUACAUGUCAAUAAAGAACAGUCUAUUAUAAAGUA